GAUGGGUAGGGGAACAGAAGUUACAGAAGCAACCAGACAUGCAAAGGUUCCGGAACCGAGGCCUUUGAAUAAACUAGAUUUCAUAAACUGCUCAAGUCCGGUCCUUGCGCUGACAAAACUCCUGUGUUGCUGACACAAGCACUUAUAUUCUGAAAAGCCUUUUGCAAGCAGCUCUGGCUGAUCAAGCUAUAUAAGGCUUAUACAAAUACAAAGACAAAGACAAAUACAAAUACGAGGCUUAAGUGCUUUCACUCUCGAGCUCUGAGCUAAACACAGAGAUUGAGAAAGGCUUUUUGGAAAGUGAAAAAGAAGGAGCCGUUACUAUUUACAAGAAGAAGAACGUUGAGCAUUUGCUUAGAGCGAGGCUCACAGAGGGUUCAAGGAGAAGAAAGAAGCUGUUUGAGAAAAGAAAGAGAGAGCAAUGGCAAGUGGGUUCAGGCUAAUCUUUGCCACUUCACUCCUGCUCGCACUUUUGGUUGCUUUGCGUUUGUAUUUUUCUCCAGUGGGGUGGUGGACAGCUGGAAUGCAAUAAUUCAGUUUGGGGACCCUAUCUGGUUUGGUUGUAAACAACUUGAAAUGUGGACAACAAAAGUGUAAUUUGCUACCUUCAUAAGAUCUUUGCAGAGGAAGUACCAUUGGAAUUUGCUAUGGAAGAAAUGCUGAUGAUCUUCCUACACCGGACAAAGCGGCGCAGCUUGUGCAGCUUCAUAACAUUAAAUAUGUUAGGAUUUACGACUCUAACAUACAGGUCCUCAAGGCCUUUGGAAACACUGGCGUUGAACUUAUGAUUGGGGUCCCAAAUUCAGACUUGUUGGCAUUUUCCCAAUACCAAUCCAAUGCAGACACCUGGCUUAAGAACAGCAUCCUGCCUUACUACCCAGCUACGAAGAUCACACACAUAACUGUUGGAGCUGAAGUUACUGAGAGCCCCAGUAAUUUCUCUGCACAAGUAGUGCCUGCCAUGAGAAAUGUCCUCACAGCCUUAAAAAAGGUUGGUCUGUCUAAGAAGAUUAAAGUAUCAACUACACAUUCUCUUGGUGUUCUGUCCCGAUCAUUCCCUCCCUCUGCAGGGGCUUUUAAUAGCAGCCAUGCAUCGUUUCUGAAACCCCUGUUGGAAUUUCUUGCCGAAAACCAGUCACCCUUCAUGGUUGAUAUUUAUCCAUACUAUGCUUACAGAGAUUCCCCAUCCAAUGUCACUCUAGACUAUGCCUUAUUUGAGUCAUCCUCAGAUGUUAUUGAUCCAAACACUGGUUUGCUAUACACCAACAUGCUCGAUGCACAGAUUGAUGCUAUAUAUUACGCACUGAUGGCUCUGAAUUUCAAAACAAUUAAGAUCAUGGUCACUGAGACAGGCUGGCCUUCGAAGGGAUCGCCUAAAGAGACAGCUGCAACUCCUGAUAAUGCCCAAACUUACAAUACCAAUCUGAUUCGCCAUGUCAUUAAUGAUACCGGUACUCCUGCAAAGCCCGGAGAGAGGCUGGAUAUCUAUAUCUUUUCUUUGUUCAAUGAAAAUAGGAAGCCUGGGUUGGACUCGGAGAGGAACUGGGGGUUAUUUUAUCCAGACCAGACAAGCGUCUACAACCUGGAUUUCACUGGAAAAGGUUCUGCGGAUGUGAUUACACAGGCCAAUGUUACCAGUUCGAAUGUGACGACGUGGUGCAUUGCUUCAAGUAAGGCUUCUGAACUUGACUUGCAGAAUGCCUUGGAUUGGGCUUGUGGUCCUGGGAAUGUAGACUGUACCGCUAUUCAGCCUAGCCAACCUUGCUUUGAGCCAGAUAAUACAGUGGCUCAUGCAUCUUUUGCGUUCAACAAUUAUUACCAGCAAAAUGGGGCUACUGAUGUUGCUUGCAGUUUCGGAGGGACAGGAAUUAAAGUCGAUAAGAACCCGAGCUAUGACAACUGCAUCUAUAUGACUGCUGGGAGCAACAAAACUGUGGCAAGUAAUACAACAGCAAUAUCUUCUACUUCAUCCUUCGCCACAAUGAACAGAGUUCCAACAUGGGUGUUUAGUUGCCUUCUAGGGACUUUCAUGUUAGUUCUUUCCAAAAGUUGACCAUGGCUGAGAGACUUGGAUGUUAAAAGCAGUAUAUAUUUUGCUAUGGAGACCAGAUAUUGGUGAUUCUUGUAUUUCGGUGAUUAGGCUAUUGCAGGGGUUGGUGUUGGCUUUUGAAACUUUUUCCCUCAUUUUCAAGAGGAAGAAUGUAAUUGCUGAAUAUCAAUCAGCUCCCCAAUUUUUGUAUAAUAGUGCUAUAUCUUCUGAAGAUGGGAUGACAUGAGUGAUAUGUUUUUAGCACAUGCAGAGGCUUUAGUUAGAAACUAAAGAGUUUGUAGCUUCUGACGGUUGAACUUCACACCUCAAUUGGAGAGGAGGAAUCAGUUUAUUUGUGAGAUAAAAUCUGUAAUGUAGGUUUCAAAUGUAAAACUUUGAAGUGCAAGCAUGAUGAACUAGUCUGUCGAUUA